AAUCUUCCGAUUCCCUAUAUUUGUCGUCUCACCAUUUUCAAAAUUCUCUCUCCCGCAGACUCACUCUCCAACCGUCUCGCUUCCCUUUCUUGCCGGCGAGAGCGUCAACGAUGAUCAAGUUAUCGCGCUCUUUGCUCUCCAGGAGCCUUCCUUCUGAAAUAUCUGGUAAAUCUGGUAACAUUAGAGACGCUUUGAGGUUGCAUUCCUUUACAUCCCAGGCUGGCAUUUCAACUGCUGGACAUGAUUUUUCUGCUAAAGGUGAUUCCCCUGCUCGAAUCUUUGCUCCUUACACCAUAUACAAGGGAAAAGCUGCACUUUCUGUUGUUCCUAUUCUACCAACUUUUACUAAAUUAGAUUCUGGAGAUGUUAGAGUUCAACGCAGUGGUGUCAUGAUGUUGACCUUCUGGCCUGCUAUUGGUGAGCGCAAAUAUGAUUGGGAAAGGAGACAGAAGUUUGCUUUGUCACCAACAGAAGUUGGGUCUCUCUUAAAUAUGGGACGCCAUGAUUCCUCUGAAUUCUUUCAUGAUCCUUCUAUGUUGACAAGCAAUGCUGGUCAAGUGAGGAAGAACUUAUCCAUCAAGGCAAUUGAUGAUGGCACUGGCUAUUUUUUCAGUUUGAAUGUUCACAACAACAUCUUAAAGUCCAAUGAACGCUUUUCUGUUCCUAUUACAGCUGCUGAGUUUGCAGUGAUGAAGACAGCUUGCAGUUUUGCACUGCCACACCUCAUGGGUUGGCAUCGGUUGACCAAUCAGUCGCCCAGAGGCCUAGGUGGGAGUUCAUCAAAGGUGGAUCGACAGUCUUUGGAGUUGGAGUGGGAUAAAUGAAGUCAUGCACGUCAAGGAGAAAAUUUUCUGCUCUGCCUCAACUUCAACGAAAUAUUUUGUUAAACAUUAUACUUCCCGUGAUCCUUGUUUGUAUCAACUGAAACCUGUAUUUGAACGGUGUUGACUGGUGCUAUUCUCGGAAACGGGCGUUCUGUACAAUAUUGUUAUUUUCAUGAUAUGCUGAUGUGAAUCUGUUCGUUGCUGGUUAAUUUAGAUUGUUUAUAUUAAAUUAUUAUUAUUAAC